UCACGGUUCUGCCCGUGCUCUCCGCGCCUCGUCGCCAUGCCUCGCAAAAUUGAGGAAAUUAAGGACUUUCUGCUCACAGCCAGGCGAAAGGACGCCAAAUCGGUCAAGAUCAAGAAAAAUAAGGAUAAUGUGAAGUUUAAGGUUCGAUGUAGCAGGUACCUUUACACCUUGGUCAUCACAGACAAAGAGAAGGCGGAGAAGCUGAAGCAGUCCCUGCCCCCAGGUUUGGCAGUGAAGGAGCUGAAAUGAAUCACGCACACUGAUUUGAACUGUAUUAAAAAAUUUGUAAUUCUCAAAAUGGCCUUUUUCUUUGAAGAUGGGGGGUGUGGGUGUUACUUGGAAUGGCUUCUGGUGGGAAUAGGAUGGGGGCCCUGGU